UUUUGGCUUUGGAGAGAAGGAUCCGGUCCCGGGACAGAGGGCGCCUUGAAACGGAUUGUUCAGAAGUGACUGGGGAAGCGGAGCACAAAGGGAAAGUGAUCCGAAUCAGAACCAGAGGAGAGAGCGCAGAGCUGCCGGGACCGGGACGAUCGGAUCGCAGGCACCUGGAGAGAAGCCGAGGACAUCGCCUGCACAACGGGGGAAAUAAGCCGCCAAGUGAUCGGCAGCAGAGGAGACACCAGAGAGGAGGGGGAGGCUGGAGAGCACAAAUACAACUCAUCGCUGCAGAUCUGAUUGUCCCAACGAGAACUCCACGAGACACGUGUGACCCAGGACCCUGCACUGACCACCACGGAAUAGGUGACCCUCCUACCCUGCAGCCAUGCCGGGGGAGCCUCCAGCCACCCUCCACCAAGUCCUCUACACUCUUCUUGCCUUGACUUUACUGGCCAAUGCACAACUCCAUGGUGAAAAGGGCAUCUCCGUGCCAGAGCAUGGCUUCUGCCAGCCUAUCUCCAUUCCUCUGUGUACAGACAUAGCUUACAAUCAGACAAUCAUGCCUAACCUUUUGGGGCACACCAACCAAGAAGAUGCAGGUCUGGAGGUUCAUCAGUUUUACCCAUUGGUAAAGGUCCAGUGUUCUUCAGAACUGCGCUUUUUCCUGUGCUCCAUGUACGCCCCAGUCUGCACCGUGUUGGAGCAGGCCAUCCCCCCCUGCCGCUCCAUUUGUGAACGUGCCAGACAGGGUUGUGAAGCCCUCAUGAACAAGUUUGGCUUCCAAUGGCCAGAGAGGUUAAGGUGUGAAAACUUUCCCCGCCAUGGUGCAGAGCAGAUCUGCGUUGGACAGAACCACUCAGAAGAUGGAGGUCCACCAUUGUUGACCACUAGCCCACCAUUACAUGGGACCAUUGGACCUGCCAUCUAUGCCACACCUGACCAUCCCUUCCAUUGCCCUCGGGUGUUGAAGGUACCAUCCUAUCUCAACUACCGAUUUUUAGGAGAGAAGGACUGUGCUGCUCCAUGUGAACCUUCUAAGAGUGAUGGCUUCAUGUUCUUCAGUCAAGAAGAAAUCCGCUUUGCCAGAGUAUGGAUUCUAAUUUGGUCAGUACUUUGUUGUGCAUCAACGUUCUUCACAGUGACCACUUACUUAGUAGACAUGCAAAGGUUUCGAUACCCUGAAAGACCUAUAAUAUUCUUAUCUGGAUGCUAUACCAUGGUGUCUGUGGCUUAUAUUGCUGGCUUCGUGCUUGGUGAUAAGGUUGUCUGCAAUGAGGGCUUCUCUGAGGAUGGCUAUAAAACUGUUGUACAAGGUACCAAGAAGGAAGGGUGCACAAUUCUCUUCAUGAUGCUUUACUUUUUCAGCAUGGCUAGCUCCAUCUGGUGGGUCAUCCUUUCUUUAACAUGGUUCCUGGCUGCUGGCAUGAAGUGGGGACAUGAGGCAAUAGAAGCCAAUUCUCAGUACUUCCAUUUGGCAGCAUGGGCAGUACCUGCUGUAAAGACCAUAACUAUUCUAGCCAUGGGGCAGAUUGAUGGAGACCUUUUGAGUGGAGUUUGCUUUGUCGGACUAAAUAGCAUUGACCCGCUGAGGGGAUUUGUGCUGGCACCCCUCUUUGUCUACCUCUUUAUCGGAACCUCAUUUCUCCUUGCUGGUUUUGUAUCUCUCUUCAGAAUCAGGACCAUCAUGAAACACGAUGGAACCAAAACCGAGAAGCUGGAGCGGCUGAUGGUACGGAUUGGGGUCUUCAGUGUUCUUUACACCGUACCUGCCACCAUUGUUAUUGCAUGCUACUUCUAUGAGCAGGCCUUUAGGGAGCAUUGGGAGCGUAGUUGGGUGAGCCAGAACUGCAAAAGCCUAGCCAUUCCAUGCCCACUACAGUAUACCCCACGCAUGACUCCUGACUUCACUGUCUAUAUGAUAAAGUAUCUCAUGACACUCAUUGUUGGCAUUACUUCUGGGUUCUGGAUCUGGUCGGGCAAAACUCUUCAUUCAUGGAGAAAGUUUUACACCAGGCUUACCAACAGCAAACACGGAGAGACAACUGUGUGAGGACUUCGCUGUUACCAACAGGCCUGGACCCAACUUGGGACUCUACAUUCUCCAGACUUUCCUCCCAGUUUCUUGUCACUUCAUGCUGUGUAUGUAGAUCUCCAUACAUUACCUUCAGGCACAUCUCUCUGGAGUUGUAAUUAAGACUGUAAAUAGAACUUUUUUUUUGUAAAUUAUAUAUUUCUAUUUAAAAUCUAGGGAUAAAAUUGGAGAAGUAUAGAGAAAAUUCCAUGGAAUAAAAGACCCUUCUCCUUCGUUUCUCAAACAUUUUCAUUGACUUGACUGUGCCUUGUGAGAAAUGGAGAUAUUUAGACUGCAGUAUUUCUAUUAUUUUUUUAUAUGUUGCCCUUCUAAACCAUGGAAUUUGUACUAGUUUUCAUAUAAGCCAACCAAAGAACUUUAGAGAUCAUCUUAUUAUACGUGUGUGCGUCUGAUGGUACAUGAACACCUUUACACAGAUCACUGUGCUGCUGCUGUAGUUUGUCGAUAUGACACAACUGGAUUAUUGAAGGGGGUUGUUUUUUGUUUUUUUUCUCUAAUACUUUUAAUACUCUGCUCGUCUGAAUUACACCAUUUUUUUUUUCCAUUUUAGGUUUUUGUUUGUGUUUGUAUAGUACAUUUUGUUAGAUGACAGACAGUCCAGCACGCCUCUAGAUGCCACCAGUUGGCUGGAGACAAUUUCUUGAUAUACAGGUGUUUUCAUGGUACAGAUUCGACAGCUGUCAAUUUUUUUGUGUGUGUUGUACACAGAGAGGGACGUGUCACUUGUAAACCUUACAUACUUUCUUGGGUUUCAGUACAAACCAGUAUUCCCUCUAUCCAGAAUACAUAUGGAUUUGUUAUGAAAUAUGUUGAUUUUUAUUAAUUUUGAAAUUAAAAAUUACAAAAAAAUAUUUUUGUUAAGAACCACAAAAAGUAUUUUGUUGCUUU